UUCAAGUUCGCCCGCAGUUUGGUUCAAUUCCCUUUCGUGUUCAGUUCAAGUUCUACUCGAGGCUAAUUCAUCGGUUAGUUUUCUGCAUUUUUUUUUUCAAAUUUCAUCUCAUAAUGGUGAUUGAAGAAUGGAAAAAAUGUGGCAUUGCCACAAAAUUUCCCACCUAUCGGAAUUCAAAAUUAGUUACAGUUGAAAGUUGGUUGAAAGGCAAACGUGUGGACGACGAAGCCGAAGGAUUGUGGCGUAUCAAUGAUGGAAUUUAUGAUUUUACCGAUUUUAUUGAAAAACAUCCUGGCGGCGAAUUUUGGAUAAGAGAAACUCGCGGCACGGACAUUACCGAAGCAUUUGAGGCUCAUCAUUUGACUUCGGCACCCAGUAAAAUGAUUGAAAAAUAUAAAGUCCGUGAUGCAGUCAAACCGAGAAUUUAUACAUUGACAAUGCAUGAGAAUGGUUUUUAUAAAACUUUGAAGCGACGUGUGGCGGAGAAAUUGAAAACCAUUGACAAUUCACCUAAACAGAGGAGUGAUCUCAUUCAUCUUGGCCUGCUUGUAUCGAUUUUCCUUUUUGCCAUUGCCAGUGCCCGACUCAAUAGCCUGUUGUUUUUGGCCUUGGCCGGCACGGCUUUGGUAUGGACCUGCGUUACCGCUCACAAUUACUUCCAUCGGCGUGAUAACUGGCGUAUGUACACCUUCAACUUGUCGAUGUUGAAUUUCUGUUCAUGGCGUGUCUCGCAUGCCAUGUCACAUCACAUCUAUCCGAAUUCAUAUUUGGAUUUGGAAUUAUCGAUGUUUGAACCGUUGCUGUGUUGGAUACCCAAUCCCCACAUUAAAAGUAUGAUGAUGCGUUAUGUAUCGUGGAUUACGGAGCCGUUUGCCUAUGCCAUUGCGUUCUUUUUGCAGAUGGCUACAAGAAUUUACUACUCCCUGACUCACACGAACAUUAUGUACUGGCAUGAUCUGAUACCCCUGACCAUACCCCUAUCCAUCUACUUGGGUUCGGAUUGGCCCUUGGUGUUGUGUUUGCGUCAAUGGUUGUAUAUGACAGCAAUUGCCAGUUUUGCCUUCUGCGUUAUUGGUCUGAAUGCUGCCCAUCACGAUCCUGCCAUCUAUCAUGAAGGUGAUGCCAAUCGUGAAGAUCGUGAUUGGGGUCUUUUCCAGGUGGAUACCAUUAUUGAUCGUGGGGAUUUGAAAAAAUCACAAUUCUUGGUAUUGACUCACUUCGGUGAUCAUGCUCUGCAUCACUUAUUCCCAACCCUGGAUCAUGGUAUAUUGCCACAAUUGUAUCCAAUUCUGUAUCAGACUUUGGAUGAAUUCAAGGGAGAACUGAGGGAAUGCAAUCACAUUGAACACAUUCUGGGGCAACACAAACAGUUGUUGAGAAUCAAGCCGAAUUUGAAGCCGCCAGGAUCGAAGUAAGGGGUGGGCCACUUAUUGGAUAAUAUUUUGAAGUAGAGGUUAAAAAUGUAUAAACAUAUUUUUGUUAUGUCGAACGUUUUAUGAUUGUAUAUAAAUUGUAUAUAUGAAGGGUGGUCUUAAUAA